CAAAUAAAAGACGGAUGAGAAAUAAAACAGAGAGAAAUAGAUGUGAAAAAAAGAAUCUAGUUACUGAAGUAUAGAGCUUGACAACUGAACCCUACCAUCAUUUUAGAAAUUCAAAUCCAAGCGGAAGAAGCGCAAGAAGUCGAAUCGGACCCUCAUUCUUUGUUAGAAAGAUUGGAAUCAGGAACUGUCAGGUGUGUGCAUUGUGGGAUUUCAUAGUCCUUAGAGCUGUAUCUUUCAUUUCAUGGCGAGGAUCAAACCUCAAGCUCUGCUACAACAAAGCAGGAAGAAGAAGGGGCCUAGUCAUAUCAGCAUUGCUACAAUUGUUUUAUAUGGAUUCAUUGUUGUUGUUAUGGCAUUCUUCCUGUUUGCUACAUAUAGACAUUGGUCUCAAAGGUCACGAAUUCAAGCAGAGGAGGGGUCGAUUCUUGAGGACAGCAAUGCUUUUGCAGAUAUAAAGAAAUCCGAUAUCCCCAGAUAUGCUAUCCUAGAGACCUCAAAAGGCUUAAUAACGGUGGAACUUUACAAGGAAGUUUCCCCCGAAGUAGUUGAUGAAUUUAUUGAUUUAUGUCAGAAGGGGCACUUUAAGGGGAUGCCUUUUCACCGAGUAAUAAAAAACUUUGUGAUUCAAGGAGGUGAUUCCGAAAGACAUGGAGAUACGGAAGAUUGGACUUUGACCGGAAAGCAUAACAGCCAACUUGAAAGUCUGAAGCAUGAGGCAUUUAUGCUUGGUACUUCUAAGGUAAAGCAUGACGAAGAGGUAUUUGAGCUUUUCAUUACAACUGCACCAAUCCCAGAUCUAAAUGAGAAGCUAAUUGUGUUUGGACGGGUCAUUGUGGGAGAGGAUGUUGUUCAGGAAAUUGAGGAGGUGGAUACAGAUGAACUUUAUAGACCUAAAUCUCCAAUAGAGAUCAUCAACGUGACUUUGAAACGAAAGGUUUAAAGGAUGCGCUGCUCAGAUCAAAACUUCACUCUACUGCAUGGUUUACCAUGGGCUACAAAGGAUCUGGAAAUUGUUGAAGAAGCAUGUCAUCCAUCCUAUUUUUGUAGUUUUGUUGUUACUUUUCCCUUUGUAUUACACAUCUAAAAUGUAAUCACUUGUUAGAGACGAGUCUAGGCACUGGGUUUUCUUGAUUUGGAAUUUGGAAAAUGAUUUCCCAGCAAAACUAGGGUGUUUUUUUUAUUUUUAUUUUUAUUUUUUAUUUGGUUGUAUAUGUUCUUUGCAAUAUCUACACUUUCUUAAGACAAAGUAUACUUGCCCCUUUCUUUUGUGGAUUGAGUUGGAUUCAGAUUCUUUAUAGUGAGAUUCCCACAAUUGCUUA